AUGAAUAAAAUGAAUUUGCUUUAAAAGUUAAGCAUUGUUUCUACUUUUUAUGGAUUAAUAAUGCAAAAUUUACUUAUUUUUUGCAAUUGUUCCAUGAUAAAUAGAGAAAUACCUUUUAUAUACUCCAGUUUGUACAUUUAAAAAUUUGAUAUCCAAGAUCCCUAGUCAUAAUUUACAAAAAUUAAAGUGGCUGAAAAGUCUAACUAAGCUUUUGUUUCUGCUGGAUAUGAAGGUCUACUUGUAAUUGAUAAUUUAACAAAAUAAGUAAUAUUUACACAAAAAUCAUGGCCUGAAUAUUUGUUUGCAGUCGAAGUUACUUCUGAUGGAGAAUAUGUUAUGUUUUCUUAGUAGAACUAGUUUAGUAUUUUCAAAUUUCAGAAUUCUUCUUCUUUAAUUCUUAUAAGCUAGAGUAGCUUUCCUUCUACAAUUAUAGAUUUACUCAUUAACCAUUCAGAAAAUAUAGUUUAUGCUAUUGGUAUAUCUGGUUGUAUAGUAGCUUUUGACAUAUCAAAUAAAUAUUCUAUCUAAAAUUUAGCCCAAUAUUAAUCAUAAACAAGUUUUAUACAUCAAGGUUAUAUAUCUAAAGACGAUAAAUGGAUAAUUUUAGGAAAUGAUGAUUUAGGUCUGACUAUAAUUUCAGUUUAGAAUUAUUCUAAAAACAAUUCUUUAGAGCUUGUUUUAGCUGGUUAAGGAAUGAUGCAAUAGAAAACAUCAUCAAUUAUACUAACAAAUGAUAAUUAAUAUGCUUAUGGAGUAGAUUUAAAUAAUGGUAUAUAUGUUUCUGAUUUCAACCAAAUAUUGUCAGCUGGAACUAGCCAAUAUCCUAUACAAAUUUAAUUCACUUUUUUGUGGCCUCUUCAAAACUAUUACGCUUUUUAAGGAAUAUAAAUAACAAAUGAUAAUCGAUUUUUGUUUGUAGGCGUGCGUUCUUAUGGAAUCUUUGUAUUAGAUAUAUAAGAAAGACUAAAUCCUAUUCUUUUUCAAUAAAUUAGGAUAUCAGGCUAGCCUAUGUCAUUAGCUUUAUCUCAUGAUGAAAAAUAUUUGUAUUAUAGUAAUUCAUAAAGUUUAUUUGUUUUUGAACAGACAAAUCCAAAUUUAAAUAAUUAUUAGCCAAAUUUGUUUAAUGGCCAUUAAUCAAAAUUGUAUUAAGAUGAUACCUAAGCUCACUAUAAAUGGAGAUGCUUACAAAAAACAAUCAAGUAAAAAAAAUAUUUAUUUCAAACUUUAGACACAGUAGGAUUCAAUAUUUUAGAAAUAAGUAGUCCUUACAAUAUUUAUUAAAUUUAUUUCUAUGGUUAACUAGCUAAAACUAGUGGUAUAAGUAGUUUGGCUUUAAGCUUAGAUAACCGUUAUCUUUAUGUUCCACUUUAAUAAAAUAAUACUGUAAUCUUAGUUUUGGAUAUCUCGGAUAUCGUUAAUCCUAAAGAAGCUUUCAGAUUUAGAAUGCCCAUUCUUAAAAAUAAUGAAGCCAUAUUUUUCUCAAAAGAUUAUAAUUAUUUAGUUAGUUCUUAUGACAAUGGUAUAUUGCUAAUUGAUUCUUCUCAGCCACCAUAAUUAUUUUUACUUGAUUAUUGGAAAAUGUUGAGUAACAUGACAGGUGAAAAUGCAGGAGUGAUGAUUACAAACGACAAUAGAUACAUUAUAAGCACAAUUAGGGGUUAUGGUAUUUAUGUCUUAGAUGCUUCCAAUAAAACUUCAUUACAAUAUAAGUCUACUUAUUUGUCUUCAGGUGCAGAAGGAAUUAUACCGUCCAUGUAUAAUAAUACUUAUGCCUUCCUUUUUGAUGGGUUCAAAGGAGUUGCUAUAAUAGAUCUAAGAGCUCUACCAUAAAUAUUAUUCUUAAGUAGAAUUAGAAUAAGUGGAUGGAGUAAUUAUGUCUAGCCAGUUUUUCGUGAUUAAUAUUUACUAGUUUCUAUUAUGGAUACUAGCAUGUUACAUUUAAUCAAUAUUGAAGAUAUAACUAAACCUUAUGAGAUCUCUUCUUAUCAAUAUGGGCAGCUAUCAUCUUUUUCAUUAUGCAUGUCAGAUGAUAAUUAAUUUGCUUUUAUUUAAAAUAGCUAUGGAACUAUAAUUUUACCUCUCGCCAGUCAGAAUAUUCCUUAAGAAAAAAAUGUUUAAGUAGGAUAGAUAAUUUAGUUUGAUUUUAUGAUAAUUUAUCCUACUAAUGGAAUAAUUAUUUAGAAGGUUUAAUAUUACAAAUAAGGAUAAGUUUAAGAUCUUCCAUUUUGGAUGUAAUACAAUUCAAAUAACUAAUAACUUCUUAUCACAGUAGAUAAAAGUAGCUUAGAUUUGAAUAAUCUAAAAAUAGCUAAUCUAAAUAGUAUUUUAAUUACAACAUUAAUUCCUUUAGAAGAAUAAAUUGUACAUAAACUCUAUUUUAAGCUGUGA